UAAACUAAAUCUUGAAUCUAUUACGAGUAGUACUUUUCACAUUGUAAUUCCAAUAUGGUUAUCUUUCUCGUUUUCUUUGUUGUGUUGAUUUCUACCAGUAUCAUGAUUCGUUACAGGACAAGUACUAGUAGUCGUCAUCUUCCUAUCGAUUGGCCUGUUGUUGGCAUGACGCCGGAUAUCCUCCCAAACGUUCAUCGAAUACAUGAUUUCGCUACUAAUUUUCUCAAACUGAGUCAUGAUGCCACAUUCUUACUCAAAGGUCCUUGGUUUGCCAAUAUUGACAUGCUAUUCACCUCCAACCCUGCCAACAUUCACCAUAUGUUGAGCAAGAACUUCCCUAACUAUCCAAAAGGUCCUGAUUUUCGUAACAUUUUUGAUAUACUUGGAGACGGUAUCUUCAACUCUGAUCACGAGUUAUGGGAAAUUCAUAGAAAAACAACCAUGACCUCUGUAUUCAAGCACCCUGACUUUCAUACUCUCCUUGAAACAAAUAUCAUCAACAAAAUCAACAAAGGGCUUCUUCCACUUCUUGAAUCCGUCUCAUUGAAUAACCUUGAGACGGAUUUGCAAGAAAUAUUUCAAAGGUUCACUUUUGAUGCUAUAUGUUUAUUGCUUUUAGAUUAUGACCCUCAAAGCUUGUCCCUGGAUUUACCUAUCAUUCCAUGUGAGAAAGCCUUCACAUACGCUGAAGAAGCUCUCUUGUGGAGACAUUUUUUGCCAGAAAAAGUUUGGAAGUUGCAACGAAGAUUUGGAUUAGGGAAGGAGAAAAAGAUGAAUGAAGCUUGCAAGGCUUUUGAUGAUUUCAUAUACAAGUGCUUGUCUCAACAAGAGGAAGAGGAUAACAAGACCGGGUUGUUAAAUUCUUUGAUUAGAGGUUUUGAAGGACAAGUUAGCGGCACUUCUGAUUACUCGAGAAAGUUUGUAAGAGAUACGAUAUUGAAUCUGAUGAUUGCCGGGAGGGACACCACAAGCACUGCUCUUUCCUGGUUCUUUUAUCUUCUGGCCCAAAACCCGAGCGUGGAGGAGAAGAUUCGAGAGGAGAUUGAGAAUCAUUUAAGUAGUGGGUCGGAAAAGAAAAGUAGUCUAGAUGCAAAAGAGUUAGGAGAACUAGCUUAUCUUCAUGGAGGUAUAUGCGAAGCGUUGAGGAUGUAUCCACCUGUUGCAUUGGAACAUAAGUCUCCAUCUGAGCCAGACAUCCUUCCAAGUGGUCAUGUUGUAGACAAACACACGAGGAUAAUUCUGUCUUUUUAUUCGAUUGGAAGAAUGGAAGAGAUAUGGGGGGAUGAUUGCCUGGAAUUUAAGCCAGAGAGGUGGAUUUCUGAUCAAAGUGGGAGGAUAAAGCAUGUGCCGUCUUAUAUUUUCACAGCGUUUCAUGCCGGGCCAAGGACAUGUUUGGGUAAAGAAAUGGGUUUGAUUCAGAUGAAAAUGGUGGCGAGUGCCGUCAUUUGUAAUUACCAUGUGGAAUUGGUGGAGGGUCAUAAGGUUUGUCCCAGUGAUUCCAUUAUACUUCAGAUGAAAUAUGGUUUAAAGGUGCGGCUUUUCCCAAUCAACAAGGUCGGAUCAGAGCAGGCUUGCUGUACUGCGAGCAACUGAUAAUUACUGAAUAUUGAAACGUCUCCAUAUUAGACUUGUUAAAACUACUAUCAGUAGUUAAGUUAUCAUCUUUUUCGAAUAAUAUUGCAGAUUUGACA